AUGGGCAGAGGAUUUCUCGUCCCCGAGAAUUACGUCGACGACCUUCCCAAUGAAAACGACAUGAACGUCGCCUCAAUCGCCUGGGGCCUGUCCCUGGGCGUCCUGCUCUUCAAUGUCGCCAAGGCUGUUCGACAGACGCGCUCGGCGUGGACCCGCAGGAAGAAGGUCACCAGUUAUAUCGCGCUGCUCUGGGCUGAGAUCAUUUCGAGUACUAUCCUGGGAAUCAUGUGUUGGUUUUACCUCGAGGGGACUAUUAAGCCCAGCAUGCAGUUCUUUUUCUUUAUCAUUGUGUGGUGGUCGACUCAAGUCCAGUGCCUCAUCCAGAUUAUUAUCAACCGAGUGUCUCUAUUAAUGGUGGUUCGAUCUAACGGCACCAAACUCAAAUGGCUCUGCUUCCUCAUCCUAUUGGCCAUCAACAUCAGUGUGUUUUGCAUCUGGGUCCCCGCCCGACUUCAGAUCAGCCAGAGCUACAUCCAUCUCAACGAGAUCUGGGAUCGAUGCGAAAAGGUCAUCUUCGCCCUCAUGGAUGCCGCGCUCAACGUCUACUUUAUCUACAUCGUCAAGCAGCGCCUGGUAGCCAACGGCCUCCAGAAGUACACUCGCCUUUAUCAGAUGAACAUGUUCCUCUGCUGUUGCUCCAUUGCCCUUGACAUCCUUCUCAUUGGCAUGAUGUCUCUUCCCAACGGCUUUGUCUACAUUCAAUUCCAUCCUCUUGUCUAUCUUCUCAAGCUUCAAAUCGAGAUGAACAUGGCCGAUCUCAUCGGCAAAGUCGUCCGAGCCAGCAACAACGAUCCUCACGGCCAUGACUACAGCUCUCGAUCACGAACAGGAACAUCUCGACCCCACGGCACCCGAUUUGGCCAGACCCUCGCCAGUGCACACCACCGCACACACAUCGAGCUCGGUGAGGAGGACGAGUACGAGCUCCAGGAACGUGAGAAGAUCGACGGUAUCAAGAAGACUGUCGUGACCCAGGUUGUGCACACCGGUCAGCAGAAGCAGCAGACCGACGACAGUGAUUCUACCAUUGACGAUCACAACAACGACAGAGCCGUGAGCGAGGCCAGCUCGACCAAGCAUUUACAUCAGCGCAAGUAUAGCGUCGAAUAA